GUUGCCUUUCCCUGUGCGCAGACGGGUCUGGGGUGUGCAAGGCCUUUAUUAUGUGGCUGAUCUCCUUAAUGGUGUAGAGCCAGGCCAACAUUUCGUGUUCUUCCCAAUUACACAGCAGAGAAGUCAUUCUGCCUGGCUGAGACCAGAGCGGUGAGGUGCAAAGUAGUCCUGUGUUUUCCUGAAUGGAUUCAGUCUGCCAUAUGGCAGGUGAGUGAGUUACCACGAGAGGUUUGUAAUGGGAAAGGGCUGUGCAGAGGAGGACGUGUGUGAUUAGCAGAUUUAUAGAUCAGAAAGUGAAAUGGGAAGAGGGAAUUUCCCAAGUGCCCUUUCCAUUUGACAGGUCUUCUGUACAGUAAAGGUGUGGGGUGGGUUUGGUGUUUUUCUGUUUUGGCUCUUGCCUUUCUAUUAUAUUUUUUCCUAGCACAGGAGUAAGGCAUCAGUGUUGUGGAUGUUGUGUUGCUGCACUGCUUAGGGAGAUGCUCCCUCUCUGGAGGAAUGAGGCUGUGCUGUGCUUCACAGGGUUGAGGGAGUGGCGACUGCGCUGAGACAUGGAUAGAUGCAAACAUGUGGGGCGGUUACGGCUGGCCCAGGACCACUCCAUCCUGAACCCCCAGAAGUGGCGCUGCCUGGAGUGCGCCACCACGGAGUCGGUGUGGGCCUGCCUCAAGUGCUCCCACGUGGCCUGCGGCCGCUACAUCGAGGACCACGCCCGGGAGCACUUCGUGGAGACGGGCCAUCCACUGGCCAUGGAGGUCCGGGACCUCUACGUGUUCUGCUACCUGUGCCAGGACUACGUGCUCAAUGACAACCCCGAGGGGGACCUGAAGCUGCUGCGGAGCUCGCUGCUGGCGGUGCGCGGUCAGCAGCAGGACCGGCCGGCACGGCGCGGGCGCAACCUGGGCAACACCUGCUACAUGAACUCCAUCCUGCAGGUUCUCAGCCACCUCCGCAAGUUCCGGGAGUGCUUCCUGAACCUCGACCCGUGCACCACUGAGCACUUGUUCGCCCAGGCUGCGCACCGUAAGGCCCGGCUUUCAGCCCCGGAGCCGCCGGCCAGGGGUGACAGAGCUGAGGCUUGCAGGCGCGAUGGCCUCUGCUGGAAUGGCGGGGCCUCUCUCAGCAGGAGCCUAGAGCUCAUCCAGAACAAGGAGCCGAGCUCCAAGCACAUCUCGCUCUGCCACGAGCUGCACACGCUCUUCCGAGUCAUGUGGUCCGGGCGGUGGGCCCUGGUGUCGCCCUUCGCCAUGCUGCACUCCGUGUGGAGCCUGAUCCCUGCCUUCCGUGGCUACGACCAGCAGGACGCGCAGGAGUUUCUGUGCGAGCUGUUGCACAAGGUGCAGCAGGAGCUCGAGGCUGAGGGCUCCACACGCCGGAUCCUCAUCCCCUUCUCCCAGAGGAAACUCACAAAGCAGGUCUUAAAGGUGGUAAACACCAUCUUCCACGGGCAGCUGCUCAGCCAGGUCACGUGUAUAUCAUGCAAUUACAAAUCCAACACCAUUGAGCCCUUUUGGGAUCUGUCCUUGGAAUUUCCUGAACGCUAUCACUGCAUAGAGAAGGGAUUUGUCCCUUUGAAUCAGACAGAGUGCCUGCUUACUGAGAUGCUGGCCAAGUUCACUGAGACAGAGGCCCUGGAAGGGAGAAUCUAUGCUUGCGACCAGUGUAACAGCAAGCGACGAAAAUCCAACCCCAAACCCCUUGUUCUGAGCGAAGCUAGAAAGCAGUUAAUGAUCUACACACUACCUCAGGUCCUCCGGCUGCACCUUAAGAGAUUCAGGUGGUCUGGCCGUAAUCACCGCGAGAAGAUUGGGGUCCAUGUCGCCUUUGAGCAGGUAUUAACCAUGGAACCUUACUGCUGCAGGGACAUGCUCUCCUCCCUUGACAAAGAGACCUUUGCCUAUGAUCUCUCCGCAGUGGUCAUGCAUCACGGGAAAGGGUUUGGCUCAGGACACUACACAGCCUAUUGCUACAACACAGAGGGAGGUUUUUGGGUCCACUGCAAUGACUCAAAGCUGAAUGUAUGCAGUGUCGAGGAGGCAGCAGCCUCCUCACUCGGCCGCGCUGGGGACAGGGAGGCUGGCCCGACCAUCACUGCAGGUCACUGCAGCAGGCCUGGCUGUCCACGGAACUGUCUUCUGACGGAGGGUAUCACGUUAAGGUCUGAAUUCAGGUGGAGACAUCCGUGUCGCACGAAGGAGACAGAUCGUAGCAUUUGCUGUUGACCUCUUUUGCGAUGAACUCUACCAUGGGACCUGCCAGACAGCACUGAGGCAUGGAGGAAAUUCAGACAGAAAAUGGCUCACCCUGAUAGGGGAGGAGUGACUGUGUUUUACAUUAAACUUGCUUUCUCCAACACUGUGAGGUUUCUGUAAUAUUAGCU